GCAGGCAGAGAGAGAGGAGGAGAAGCAGAAGAAGGAACCGGAGGAGGAGAGAGACACGGGCAGCCCCCCAAAAACGCAGCGAUUGCAGAAAUUUUGCAGCGCCAUUGGUUCGGCAGCCGGGCUUGAGGCUGGGGCGUGAUUUCAGCACCAAGGGGGACUGGACAGCACCCAGAGGGGGACUCCCGGGCACCGAGCAGCGGCGGCGGCGGCAGCAGCAGGCAGGAGCCGGCUUUGCAACAGAGAAAGCAAGGUCAGUCCGAAGCAAAGCCAUACACACAGGCAGCUCUCCUCUACCACCGCUGCACUCUCUGCCUGCUUCUCCCUAACAUGCAGUGGCUGCUUCUAAUUACUAGCACUGUUCCUAUUCCGAUUAGCCGAGCCGGCCAGCAGAGAUCUACUUAGCUUUCCGGGAGGCUGGGGGGGAGGGAGUCGAGAAGGGGGGAUUUUUUUCCUUCCACUUUUUUUUCUGGCUUUUAAUUUUUAUUUUUUGUAUUAUUAUUAUUAUUUUUUUGGCGUGCCUUGCAGUACGUGCCUGGAUAGUUUGUGGAUAUAAUUAUUGACUGGAGUCUGUUGCAGUGUAUGCGGGGGGGGAGAGAGGGAUCGAGGAGAAAAAAGAGUCCCCCUCCCCCGACCCUGCCUACUCCCCCUUCCCACAAUUGCUCUCCCCCCCUUCUUGGUGGUGGCUCGGACAUCUCAUGCAUUGAAUGGACUGGAAUUGUUUUCGGUGUGAGGAGGAUGGUGGCUGUUACUUUGUGAUGAGCUCGGGAAUGAAUCGCUCGGUUUAAAAAUGCUGCUUUGGAUUCUGUUGCUGGAGACGUCUCUUUGUUUUGCUGCUGGAAACGUUACAGGGGACGUUUGCAAAGAGAAGAUCUGUUCCUGCAACGAGGUAGAGGGGGAUUUGCACGUAGACUGUGAGAAAAAGGGGUUUACCAGUCUGCAACAUUUCAGCGCCCCGACUUCCCAGUUUUACCAUUUAUUCCUGCAUGGAAAUUCCCUGACUCGGCUUUUCCCUAAUGAGUUCGCUAACUUUUACAAUGCAGUCAGUUUGCACAUGGAAAACAACGGCUUGCAUGAAAUCGUUCCUGGGGCUUUUCUCGGGCUGCAGCUGGUGAAGCGGUUGCACAUCAACAACAACAAGAUCAAGUCGUUCAGGAAGCAGACUUUCCUGGGGCUGGACGAUCUGGAAUAUCUCCAGGCAGAUUUCAAUCUCUUGCGGGAUAUUGACCCGGGAGCGUUUAGGGACUUAAACAAGCUGGAGGUGCUGAUUUUAAAUGACAACCUCAUCAGCACCUUGCCUCCCAACGUGUUCCAGUACGUGCCGAUCACUCACCUCGACCUCCGGGGAAACCGGCUUAAAACCUUGCCUUAUGAGGAGGUCCUGGAGCAGAUCCCAGGCAUUGCUGAAAUCCUGCUAGAGGACAACCCCUGGGACUGCACUUGUGAUCUGCUCUCCUUGAAGGAAUGGCUGGAAAACAUACCCAAAAACGCUUUGAUCGGCAGAGUCGUUUGCGAAGCUCCCACUAGGUUGCAGGGCAAGGAUUUAAAUGAGACCACAGAGCAGGAGCUGUGCAAAAAGAGCAGAGUAGAUUCUAGCCUCGCUGCUCCCCCUGCUGAAGAGGAAACCUGUGAUCCUGGUCCCAUUCCAACUCCCUUUAAAAUACAUGGCAAAGAAGAUCCUGCCACUCCAGGAGCUGCUCCAAACGGAGGUACAAAGAUCCCAGGCAACUGGCAGAUCAAGACCAGACCUACCGCGGCGGUGUCGACCAUUAGCGUCAAAAACAAGCUCCCGCCUAGCCUGCCCUGUCCUCAGAUCUGUAGCUGCGAUCAGAUCCCCGGCUCGGGCUUAAAGGUUAAUUGCAACGACAGGAACGUGAGCAGCCUGGUGGACCUGAAGCCCAAGCCGGCCAACGUGCAGGAGCUGUUUCUGCGGGACAAUAAAAUCCACACCAUCAGGAAGUCCCACUUUCUGGAUUAUCGGAAACUGAACCUGCUGGACCUGGGGAACAACAACAUCGCCACGGUGGAGAACAACACCUUCAAAAACCUGCUGGACCUCAGGUGGCUCUACAUGGAUAGCAACUACUUAGACACCCUGUCCCGGGAGAAAUUCGCCGGGCUCCAAAACCUGGAAUACCUGAACGUGGAGUUCAACGGCAUCCAGCUGAUCCUGCCUGGCACCUUCAACGCCAUGCCUAAGCUGAGGGUGCUCAUCCUCAACAACAACCUGCUGAGGUCCCUCCCCGUCGAUGUGUUUGCAGGGGUCUCCCUCUCCAAGCUGAGCAUCCACAACAACUAUUUCACGUACCUCCCGGUGGCGGGGGUGCUGGACCAGCUCACCUCCAUCACCCAGAUCGACCUGCACGGCAACCCGUGGGAGUGUACGUGCCCUAUUGUGCCUUUCAAACAGUGGGCCGAGAUGCUGCGCCCCAAGGUGAUCAUGAGCGACCUGAGGUGCGAGUCCCCGGAAGACUUCUUCAAGGAGGAUUUCGAGACCCUCUCCAACGACGUGAUCUGCCCGCAGCUCAAAGUCGCGCCCACGGUGGCUUCCACGAGCAAGAACAGCACCGGCUUGGCGGAGACGGGCACUCACUCCAACUCCUACCUGGAGACCAGCAGGGUCUCCAUUUCGGUGCUGGUCCCCGGACUCCUGCUGGUGUUUGUGACCUCUGCCUUCACAGUGGUUGGCAUGCUGGUCUUCAUCCUGAGGAACAGAAAGCGGUCCAAGCGGAGGGACGCCAACUCAUCCGCAUCCGAGAUCAAUUCCUUGCAGACAGUCUGCGACUCUUCUUACUGGCACAACGGCCCCUACACUGCAGACGGAGCCCAUAGAGUGUAUGACUGUGGUUCUCACUCCCUAUCAGACUAAGAGCUGGGGUCGCA